GGGGGGAAGAAGACGUUGUUCCUAUUAUCAGACAAAGAGAGAGAGAGAGAGAGAUUGCAAAUCUGUAUCAUUUUCAGCUAUAAUGAUGUUCGUCCAGAAGUUUGAAGCAGAGUCUCACAUAAGCAAAUAGAAGAUCGACAAAGAAUUCCUGCAAAUUUGAAAUAAAGACGAAAUCUUUCACCAACGGUCUUCUGAAAGAGACUAUGGAAAACUUACACCUAGAAAGAAGAAGAAAAGAUGGAUUCGAGUCUGAAUCAUUCUCAGACUCAACGGCUGAACCCACAAGCUCAAGUAGAUCAAGCUCCGCCGCGUCGGCCGAUGAAGCCAAGAUGGCACCUUUGGGUUGGCCUAUCCGAAAGUCCAAUGUCCAUAAAAUCUUAAUCUCUGACGAAUCCGACCCUGAAGACAAGUCUGGAAUGAACGGCCCUAAGAAGAUCAAGAAAAUGACUUGCAGUAAUAAUUAUUCAGAAACAGAGAUGAUGAAGGAGAGGUUUGCAAAACUAUUGCUUGGUGAAGAUAUGUCCGGAAGUGGUAAAGGAGUUUGCAGUGCUAUGGCCAUUUCAAAUGCUAUCACUAAUCUUUACGCUACUGUGUUUGGUCAAUUAUGGAGAUUGGAACCACUUCCUUCUGAGAAGAGAUUGAUGUGGAGGAGAGAAAUGGAAUGGCUUCUCUCUGUUAGUGAUCAUAUUGUUGAAUUGAUUCCCUCAUGGCAAACCUUUCCUGAUGGAAACAAGCUUGAGGUUAUGACUUGUAAGCCAAGAUCCGAUCUUUACAUCAAUCUCCCGGCACUGCGUAAGCUGGACAACUUGAUUCUCGAGAUCUUGGAUAGUUUUAGCGAGACGGAAUUUUGGUAUGUUGAUCAAGGAGUGGUGGCGCCGGAAGCUGAUGUUACGGCGAACAAGAGAAAAGAGAAAUGGUGGCUGCCGGUGCCACGUGUACCCUCCGGUGGACUAACAGAAGAGACGAGGAAGGAAUUGGUUCACAAGCGUGAGAGUGCGAGUCAGAUAUUGAAAGCUGCCAUGUCUAUUAACACUAUUGCUUUGUCUGAAAUUGAUGUGCCCGAUUCAUAUUUGGAAACUCUUCCAAAGAAUGGAAGGUCUUGUUUAGGAGAUGUCAUUUACCGUUACAUAACUUCUGAGCAAUUCUCAUCGGAUUGUUUGCUCGAUUGUCUUGACCUGUCGAAUGAACAUGUGGCACUUGAGAUUGCUAACCGAGUGGAGGCCACGAUUCAUGUCUGGAGACCGAAACAGGUCAAUAAAUCGACUGCGAAAUCGUCAUGGGAAAUGGUCAAGGAACUUAUGGUUGAUGGAGAUAAAAGGGGAAUGCUUGCAGACAGAGCUGAAAUACUUCUUCUUUCGUUGAAACAAAGGUUUCCUUGUCUAACUCAGACAACCUUGGAUGCUACCAAAAUCCUAUGCAACAAGGAUGUGGGAAAAUCUGUUCUUGAGGGUUACUCUAGAGUUCUUGAAGGAUUGGCAUUUAAUGUGGUGGCACGAAUUGACGAUCUUCUUUACGUUGACGAGUUAACUAAACAUUCCGAUAAGCUCCCGGCGACGACGACGGCUCCUAGCCCGAAACUCGGCUGCGGCGGCGGAACUACUCGCAAAAAGCAGGCAGCUUCAGGGGGGACUCCGACAAGAACGGCAUACGGCACUCCGAGUCUGUCACCGUUGUGUUUGAAAAGUCCGGUACAGGGAGGAGAUAUGACUCCGGUUUUGAAUGGAAAUGGGAACAAGGCUCACCGUCGUGGAAUUGGGGUGAAAAGGGCGUUGUCGAAUUAUCUUGGCGGCGAAUCAAGAGCGGCCAAGAGCUGUGGAAAUUUAACAAUGGUUCCAAAUAGAAGCAGCGAGGCUUCCUCUGUUUCCAGGGCAAGCAUGGACGGCUCCGAUCAGUUGGCAAGAGAUGGACCGUUGAGAUGAGAGUAGUUAAGUAGUGUGUGUGUGUGAAAGUAGUUGACUUAAUUACUUGAUUUUAACCUUUAUGACUAUCUUGUGUUGUUUAUGAAACGAGUGAAUUUACUUUUUACCGUUACUUUAUUUUUUCAGUUCA